GAGGAGGAGGAGGAGAAGCGGAGACUCUGAAGUCUGACCGUUUCACCGACACUUUCCCGCUCUACCUGUCUGCCUGCUCACCUGCCUGCGCGCGUGUCAGGGUCGGACAGGAAACCACAGGAGAAGAAGAAGAAGAGGAGGAGGAGGAGGAGAAGAAGUGGGUCGGAGUUGUGGAGUAGUUUCCUCCCGCUCCGGAGGCUCUCGGUGAGAACAUGGAGCGGACUGGAAGUUUCCUGCUGCCCGCGGCUCUCUUACUGGUUUCACUGGGACUAACGGGCGCGCGGGCGGACACCUUCAAAGCCUGUCUGUCUGGUCAGUCUCCUGACUGCACGCUGGUCCAGUCCAAAGAAGACGACUUUGACUGGGAGCAGGGAGACACUCGAGACCGCCAGGCCAGCAGCCCCUGGAUCCCUGCAGGCUCCUCCUUCCUGUUUGUGAACACAUCCGGUCGUUAUGGUGGUCAGCGCGCUCAGCUGCUGCUGCCGCCGCUCAGAGAGAAUGACACGCACUGCCUCAGCUUCCUGUUUUACCAGGCAGGAGGCCGCGAGGGCGCCACGCCUGCCACACUCAACAUCUACAUCAAAGAGAACAGCAGUCCUUUGGGAAUUCCCGUCUUUAACUCAUCAGGCCCUGCCUACCACAUCUGGAAAGGGGUGGAGCUUGCUGUGUCCACCUUCUGGCCCAAUCACUACCAGGUGGUGUUCGAGGCGGUCAGCACCGGACACAGAGGCAUUCUGGCCAUCAAGGACAUCACACUGCAGGGACACCAGUGCAUGAGCACACCUCACUUCCUGCACAUCAAAGGCGUGGAGGUGAAUGCAGGACAGACGGCGACGUUUCAGUGCACCGUCAACGGACGUCCGCAGAGCAAUCUGCUGCUGUACCUGCAGGGUAUGGGUGGCCGGCAGGCCGUGGUACGGGAAACCAAACCGUCGAACUUCCGGCGGUACGUGGCGAGCUUCGAUGUGGAGAACACGACCAAGGGAGACUCUGGACGCUACCGCUGCAUCGCCAAAUCAGAACGAGGCGUGGGCGUGUCCUCCUACGCUGAACUCACAGUCAAACAGCCCCCCGUGCCGAUUGCCCCUCCUCAGCUGACAGCAGUCGGUGCCACCUACCUGUGGAUACAACUCAACGCCAACUCGAUCAAUGGGGACGGACCAAUCAUUGAGAGAGAGGUGGAGUACCGUACAAUGGCAGGCAUGCUGAUCGACACCACGCCCGUCGAUAAGCCUACUCACAAGAUUGGACACCUGGACCCCGACACAGAGUACGAGAUCAGUGUGCUCCUCACCAGGCCCUUGGAUGGAGGCACAGGAAGCCCCGGACCACCACUCAGAGCCAGGACCAAGUGUGCAGAUCCGAUGCACGGCCCGCAGCAUCUUGAGGUCGUCGAGAUUCAGUCCAAACAGGUGACAGUACGCUGGGAGCCAUUCGGAUACAACGUGACUCGCUGCUACAGCUACAACCUGACCGUGCAGUACCGCUACAGACCUGCAGGGGCCCUGAGCAGGGAGCCGGCGAAGGAGGACGUGCGGGAGGAGGAGGUGUACGACACCAGGAGCACCGUGCCUCAGCACACCGUUCGUAACCUUCCACCGUUCACCAACGUCAGCCUGAGACUGAUCCUGAGCAACCCCGAAGGACGCAAGGAGAGUGAGGAGCUGCUGGUGCUGACGGACGAGGAUGUUCCCGGAGCGGUCCCUGUGGAUUCGAUCCUCGGCAGCAGUUACGAGCAGCAGAUCAGUCUGAGUUGGAGGGAACCGCUGCAGACCUACGGCCUCAUCCGGCAGUACGAGAUCUCCUACAAAGCCCUGAGCUCCUUCGACACGGAGUUUGACCUGUCCAAUCAGAGCGGCAAGGUGUUCAAACUGGCCAAUGAGACGAGCCACGUGUUCACCGGCCUCUACCCAGGUUCCACCUACUCCUUCACAAUAAGAGCCUCCACGGUUAAAGGCUUUGGACCCCCCGUUAUCACCCAGUUCACCACCAAGAUCUCAGCUCCUCUGAUGCCGGCGUACGAUCAGGAGUCUCCUCUGAAUCAGACCGAUUCCACCGUCACCGUCCUGCUGAAGCCGGCUCAGAGCCGAGGGGCUCCGGUCAGUAAGUACCAGGUGGUGGUGGAGGAGGAGCUCCCCCGCAGGCAGAGCAGGGGCACUGCAGAGAUUCUGCGCUGUUAUCCGGUGCCCAUUCACUUCCAGAACGCCACGCUGCUAAACUCCAAGUAUUACUUCAGCGCAGAGCUGCCGAUGAGCGACCUGAGAGUGCCCGUGCCCUUCUGUGUCGGUGACAACAGGACCUACAGCGGUUACUGGAACGCUCCCCUCCUGCCUCAUAAGAGUUAUGAGAUCUACUAUCAGGCUGUCAGCACUGCUAAUGGGGAGACAAAGAUCGACUGUGUGCGAGUGGCCACUAAAGCUGCUAUAAUCGUCACCCAGCUCACCACGCCUUACAUUCGCAUCGCCCCGGCAGCAGGCGACAAGCAGCUAACAGGCGCCGCAACCAGGAAACCAGAACCAGAGCAAGAGAAACAGUCGGACCACACGGUGAAGAUCGCCGGCUCCAUCGCGGGCAUCCUGCUCUUCAUCAUCAUCUUGCUGGGAGUCAUCCUGCUGAUGAAGAAACGACGAAGAAAUUAUCACUCCUACACUUACUACCUGAAGUUGGCGAAGAAAAGGAAGGAAACUCUGAGCUCCAGACAGGAAAUGACUCUGAUGGUGAACAGCUCCCAGCACACGACCAUGGUGGACACGCACGCGCACACGCACACGCUGAACGGACGCACUGUUUCAUCUCCAUCCUCCUUCACCCUGAAGACAAACACCAUCACCACUUCCGUACCCAACUCCUACUACCCAGAUCCCUUCGUACCGACAGCCAUUCUGGUGCCCAUUAAUGAUGACAGCCACACCAUGACCAGUGAAACCAGUAGCCUGGUCCAGUCCCACUAUAAGCAGCGGGACUCUGAAAGGGAGGCGCUGCCGUAUCAGACGGGACAACUGCACCCGGCAAUCCGAGUUGCCGACCUGCUGCAGCACAUCACCCAGAUGAAAUGUGCUGAGGGCUACGGUUUCAAGGAGGAGUACGAGCUUAACGAGAGUUUUUUCGAGGGACAGUCCGCUCCGUGGGAUUCGGCCAAAAAGGACGAGAACCGCAUGAAGAAUCGCUACGGCAACAUCAUCGCCUAUGAUCACUCUCGUGUGCGUCUGCAGCCUCAGGAUGGAGACAGCAGCUCAGACUACAUCAAUGCCAACUACGUGGAUGGCUACCACAGACCCAAUCACUACAUCGCUACCCAGGGUCCGAUGCAGGAGACGGUGUACGAUUUCUGGAAGAUGAUUUGGCAGGAGAACACCGCCGCCAUCGUCAUGGUAACCAACCUGGUGGAAGUGGGCCGGGUGAAGUGUUGUAAGUACUGGCCUGAUGACACUGAGAUCUAUGGCGACAUGAAGGUGACACUGAUCGAAACUCAGCUGCUGUCUGAGUACGUGAUCCGGACCUUUGCUGUGGAGAAGAGGGGCGUGGCAGAGAUCAGGGAGAUCCGCCAGUUUCAUUUCACCGGUUGGCCCGAUCACGGCGUCCCACUUCACGCCACCGGGCUGCUCGGCUUCAUCCGCCGCGUCAAGGCCAAAACCCCGCCCACUGCUGGUCCCACUGUGGUCCACUGCAGUGCGGGGGCGGGGCGUACAGGAUGCUUCAUAGUGAUUGACAUCAUGCUGGAUAUGGCGGAGAGAGAGGGCGUGGUCGACAUCUACAACUGUGUCCGGGAGCUGAGAGCACGAAGAGUUAACAUGGUCCAGACUGAGGAGCAGUACGUCUUCAUCCAUGACGCCAUUUUGGAGGCGUGUCUGUGCGGCGACACGGCGAUUCCAGCCAAUCAGCUGCGGUCGGUUUAUUAUGAGAUGAACCGAUUGGAUCCUCAGACCAACUCGAGUCAGAUCAAAGAGGAGUUCAGGACGCUGAACAUGGUGACACCGACGCUGCGGGUGGAGGACUGCAGCAUCGCCCUGCUGCCCAGAAACCACGAGAAGAACCGCUGCAUGGACGUGCUGCCUCCAGACCGCUGCCUGCCCUUCCUCAUCACCAUCGAUGGGGAGAGCUCCAACUACAUCAACGCUGCCCUCAUGGAUAGCUACAAGCAGCCAUCGGCGUUCAUCGUUACCCAGCAUCCUUUGCCCAACACAGUGAAGGACUUCUGGCGCCUGGUCCUCGAUUACCACUGCACAUCCAUCGUCAUGCUGAAUGAUGUCGACCCCGCACAGCUGUGUCCUCAGUACUGGCCGGAGAACGGCCUCCAUCGCCUGGGCUCGCUGCAGGUGGAGUUCGUGUCUGCUGACCUGGAGGAGGACGUGAUCAGCCGGAUCUUCAGGAUCUACAACACAGCCAGGCCGCAGGAUGGGUACCGCAUGGUGCAGCAGUUCCAGUUCCUGGGCUGGCCGAUGUACCGCGACACUCCCGUCUCCAAGCGCUCCUUCCUCAAGCUCGUGCACCAGGUGGACAAAUGGCAGGAGGAGUACGACGGAGGGGAGGGCCGCACCGUCGUCCACUGCCUGAAUGGAGGAGGUCGCAGUGGUGUGUUCUGCAGCAUCAGUAUUGUGUGUGAGAUGUUGCGUCAGCAGCGCUGUGUCGACGUUUUUCACGCUGUAAAAACUCUGAGGAACAACAAACCCAACAUGGUCGACCUGCUGGAACAGUAUAAGUUCUGUUAUGAAGUCGCUCUGGAGUACCUGAACUCUGCUUAGAGCCUCUGUUCUCCCAGAGGAGGAGGAGCAGAGAGACUACUGACUGAAGAGGAGGAGGAAGGUGUGUUUGCACUGCCUUGUUUGAACUGUUGGACUCUGAGCGGCGCUCACCUCGUGUCACUUUGGUUUUAUCCUUCUGCUGUUUCGAUGAAACUGAAACAACCAAACCGCAUCAUCAGAGCCAUCGCCACCGCCAGCACAGGAAGUCCUCACGGUGUGGGACAGCGAAGUUUGAGUCACGUCCGGGAUGAAAUCGGCCUGUGAGGGAGCAGCUCCUCUCUGCAGAGAUCAUUAAGCCUCACAGAAACACCUCUGAUCUCUGGAGCUAAAAGCAAAUACAUUCUCAGUUAUGCUGCAAACAUGCGUUUCAUAUUCUGUUCAAUUUGAUUUGUGCCAAACAGUCGCCUCAAGGAUGCUUUGUAUUGUAGAUAAAGACCCUACAAAAAUACAGAGAAAACCCAACAGUCUAAACGACCCCCUAUGAGCAGCACUUGGUGACAGUGGGAAGGAAAAACUCCCUUUAACAGGAAGAAACCUCCAUCAGAACCAGGCUCAGGGAGGGGGGGUCAUCUGCUGAGGGGGGGCUGAGGGGAGUUCAUAUCUUUAGGGAGGAAGAUGAGCUUCAUCAUCAUAGAAAGAAGACUCACAGGCGUGUGGACACAGGAAGUCGCUCGGCCUGCGUGUCAUCAUCUGGCCGGCUGCGGCUAAAUUAGCUUAAUUAAAAGAACUUUACUGAACUCUGAGCCCACAGAGGCCCAAAACAAACCAGUGUGGGUAACAAAUCAUUAAGAGAUGCUGCCACAUAUGAAAUGAUCACAGAGCAUCCAGCGAUUUAUUGAUUAGUUAAAGCCCCAUUCUGAUGACAUCAGAGCUCAGGCUCAUCGUCAGGUGUAAUUAAGCACAGACACGAUCAGUAGCUGAACAUUGCCAACAUUUUUUUAUUUUUAUUUAUUUGCAUCAUGAAGUAAAAAUACCAAAAUGUUUCAUCUCCACAGGUUUGAAAUCCAAAGAUUUUCCACUGAUUGAUUAGUCUGAUUAGCUUUAAUGAUCUCUGCAGAGCAGAACCGUGUGGACACAGCACAGAGUUGUCAGCGUGUAGGGGUCCCUGCCCAGAGCUGACCCCCGGGGGGCACCUCACGCUAAUAUGGACCAUCAGUAAGACAGAGUUCGAGGAGCUGGAACCAUAAAACCCAAAUGAUCCGUCCUACAGAAGAAAAACUGAUCAAGCUGAUCACCAGGAUCCUCGAAAUAACCUCAACUCAAGGGCCACGUCCUGCCGCUUGUCCCAGAGCCGUGUCACUGAGUUUGAGCAGUUUGUUGCAUAGUAAUGAAAUGGUUCCUCUGACUGUGGGGGGGUCUGAACCUCAGCUGUCAAAAAGCACAGAAAAAAAAAAAGAUUUGUUGUGUUUGUUUCUGUUUUUUCCCACUGAGAUGUUUAAAGACACGCUGAGUCACCGUCCGUCCAUCUGUCUCUCUUCUUCGGUGGUGUUUGACCUUUUUACAGUAACUGCACAUCGUCGCGUGUCUGAUCCCUGGUCCCCCUUCAGUUUGUGGUUUUCCGUGUUUCCCUUUGUUGUUUCCUCACUCAGCAGCUGGAUGAGGCUGCUGGCCUGUCAGACUGUUAAUAAUGUACAUAGAGCAGCAGGAGGCAGGAAGAAGAAUAUUUAUUCCUUCAGUUGUUCUUGGUGUCGAUGUCAUCCUUGUUCUCCUGGAGCACACAGAGAGAGACAAUCAUGGAGAACAGCAGAACCACAGUUAGACCGGGUCCUGGUCUCAGCCUGUAUGGCUCAUGAGAACUUGUAUUGAAAGCUUUUAUUUAUGUUGCUGAUUCCAGAAUACUACAAAUAAAAAUCUGUAUAC